AUGUCGGCCUAUCUCACCUCGCUAUUGCCUGCUGCUCCUGGUAUCUUACCAAAAUGGUUACUUUUCAUCUCUGUCGUCUCCGUCUUCAACUCCGUCCAGACCUACGUCUCUGGCGUUGAGUUGACCCGUCGCGUGUACGAAAACAAGCCACUUGAAACCACUGCCUUGUCUGCGCGUACCUUCGGGACCUGGACCGUGGUGUCUGCUGUGAUCAGAUUUUACGGCGCCUACUACAUUAACAACCCCCAGGUCUACGAAUUGACCAUGUGUUCCUAUUAUAUCGCCGCAUUCCACUUUGCCUCCGAAUUGUUCUUCUACAAGACCGCCAAGUGGGGUAAAGGCAUUAUGGGGCCUGCCAUCGUCGCCACCACCUCCAUCAUCUGGAUGAACUUGCAGAAAGACUACUACCUCGGGUUGUAA